AUGACAGCUGCCCCAACAACCACGACUGUUGCACCAACAACCACAACUGUUGCACCAACAACCACGCCUGCUGCACCGACAUCCACAACAUCUCCACCAACAAUCACAACAACUGCACCAACAACCACAACACAAACACACACAUCCACAACUGCUGCAUCAACAACCACAACAGCUGCAUCAACAACUACUACAGCUGCACCAACAUCCACGACAGCUACCACAACAGCUGCAUCAACUACUACUACAGCUGCACCAACAUCCACGACAGCUGCAACAACAUCCACGACAGCUGCACCAACAGCCCUGACUACUGCACCAACUACCACAACAGCUGCACCAACUACCACGACACCUACACCAACAUCCACUACAGCUGCACCAACAACCAUAACUACUGCACCAACAUUCACAACAGCUGCACCAACAUCCACUACAGGUGCACCAACAUCCACUACAGCUGCACCAACAACCACGACAGCUGCACCAACAACCCUGACUACUGCGCCAACAACCACAACAGCUGCACCAACAACCACAACAGCUGCAUCAACAACUACUACAGCUGCACCAACAUCCACUACAGCUGCACCAACAACCACGACAGCUGCACUAACAACCACGACAGCUGCACCAACAGCCCUGACUACUGAACCAACUACCACAACAGCUGCACCAACUACCACAACAGCUGCACCAACUACCACGACACCUACACCAAUAUCCACUACAGCUGCACCAACAACCAUAACUACUGCACCAACAUCCACAACAGCUGCACCAACAACCACGACAGCUGCACCAACAUCCAAUACAGGUGCACCAACAUCCACUACAGCUGCACCAACAACCACGACAGCUGCACCAACAACCACGACUGUUGCACCAACAACCACGACUGCUGCACCAACAACCACGACAGCUGCACCAACAUCCACUACAGCUGCACCAACAACCACGACAGCUGCACCAACAACC